UUGUUACGCAAGCAACAGGUCUGGCGUGAUUUCUGAUUGGAUUCCGAUUGGGUUCUUGUCACUUCCCAGUGUGAUUGCUGUGCUAGUUAAUAUAAACUAAUUAAAUUCCAAGAUGUCCGCCCGACUGCUGCAGGCCACGCGUCGCUGGAGCGCCCAGCGCAACUACAGCUCCAAGAUCGCCGAAGUUGUGAUCGUUUCGGCAGCCCGCACACCAAUCGGCAGCUUCCAGAGUAAAUUGGCCCCACUGACGGCCACCCAAUUGGGAGCCCGUGCCAUUGAGGCGGCGAUCGAGAAGGCCGGAAUUGCAAAGACCGAUGUCCAGGAGGUGAUCAUGGGCAAUGUGGUAUCUGCCGGUCUGGGACAGGCCCCCGCCCGUCAGGCAGCCAUCUUCGCCGGACUGCCCACCAAUGUGUGCUGCACCACGGUGAACAAGGUGUGCUCGUCGGGCAUGAAGUCCGUGAUGCUGGGCGCCCAGUCACUGAUGCUCGGCUAUGCGGAUGUGGUCGUUGCCGGCGGCAUGGAGUCCAUGUCGAAUGUGCCCUACUACCUGAAGAGGGGCGCCACGCCCUACGGCGGCGUCAAUCUCACCGACGGCAUCGUGUUCGAUGGCCUCUGGGAUGUGUACAACAAGUUCCACAUGGGCAACUGUGCCGAGAAUACGGCCAAAAAGCUGGAGAUCACGCGUCAGCAGCAGGAUGACUUCGCCAUCGAGUCCUACAAGAGAUCCGCGGCCGCUUGGGCCAACAAGGUGUUCCAGGACGAGAUUGCACCGGUGAAGAUUCAGCAGAAGAGGAAGCCGGAGAUCGUUGUCGCCGAGGAUGAGGAGUACAAGCGGGUGAACUUCGAUAAGUUUGGACAGCUGGCCACCGUGUUCCAGCGCGAAAAUGGCACAGUGACAGCUGGUAAUGCCUCCACCUUGAAUGAUGGCGGUGCCGCCGUUGUUUUGAUGAGUGCCGAGGCAGCGCAGAAGGCGGGCAUUAAGCCGCUGGCCAGGAUUGUGGCCUUCCAGGAUGCGGAGACCGAUCCCAUUGACUUCCCCAUUGCCCCAGCGCUGGCCAUUCCCAAAUUACUGAAGCGUGCCGGCGUUCGCAAGGAGGAUGUGGCCAUGUGGGAGGUGAACGAGGCCUUCUCCCUGGUCGUAUUGGCCAAUAUCAAGAAACUGGAUGUGGAUCCCGCCAAGGUGAAUGUGCACGGCGGUGCCGUGUCCAUUGGCCAUCCGAUCGGCAUGUCCGGUGCCCGCCUGGUGGCCCAUCUUUCGCACAGCCUGCAGAAGGGCGAGCUGGGAUGCGCCUCCAUUUGCAAUGGCGGCGGUGGCGCCUCCUCCAUUCUCAUCGAGAAGCUGUAAGGUCACCUGGUGGCCCUGCUCUCAACCAGAAAUGCAUUUACUACCGAUCCAUCGGGAUCGUUGUGGAAAGCUCCAUGCUUUUUUUUUUAAAUUGUUUAGUGUCUUGAUUGCGCCUGGCCGCAUUUAACGAAAUAUUGUGAUUUGCAUAAUAAAAUUAUGAAACAGUGAAUAAAUAUAUGUACAUAUAUCAA